AUGCUCUGUUACGACGAUCAUGACGCGUGGAGUGGACUGGAGUACGAGUUGGCGAAGCAGCGACAUGGCGCGCGAGGCAACGUCUAUUUUAUGGUGAACGAGAAGGGCGGUCGGGUGGCGGGGGAAUUGGACAGCGAAGUGUUGUCGGGGGACCCGGACUGUGAGGCGCUGUCUCCCCUGCUCACUAAGGUCCUGGUCCCGGAAGCGCCCUCUCUCUCCUGGCUCGGCCUUUGGGAAACUGUUAGCAAACGGUUCGGUCGACGAUCCAACCGACGAACAGCAGCCAGACGCAAGGCAGUAGAGACGAUGGAAAUGAUCCCGGCGGCGGCGAACAGGAUCGCCUGGGUCGGUGUGCAAUUUGAACACGCGGGAGCGCUGCGCACGACAAGACGCACAUUGGCGGCGGUCACGGCCUGCGUUGCGUUCCGGCGCGACCUGCUUGGGGCCGUGCCCUAUAAGCGUCUCUGGGCUUGGCUCAACGCCAACCUUUGGACGGAAGGCCUGGCGCUCCGCGUCCAGAACGUUCGUUCCUCCCCUUCGAAACCGGCCAUGAUUAAAGCGAAGGACCUGGCUACGGCGGACCUGGCUACGGCGGACCUGGCUACGGCGGACCUGGCUACGGCGGACCUGGCUACAGCGGACCUGGCUACGGAGGACCUGGCUACGGAGGACGCAUUGACUGCGUUCGCUGCGUUCGCGUUAGCACGGUGUUACGAGGCUGCCCCGAACUCGCGAGUUACGCGGGAGGUGUUGCGGCGAGCGUUGCUUAACAUGUUCCCUGGCGAUAAGUGUCCGCUCACGGACGACCAGAUCAAGCGGGUUGUGGGGUACGCAUUCAUGACCGGAGCGACGGCGGAAAUGGCCAAAGGAUUUGGCUGCAACGGAACUGCACUUCUCGUACCCGAAGAAUGGAUCAUAUACGACUGCUGGUUAUCUAACGGACGCAACCAAGCCGAAUCAUGCAAGACCAAAAACACACACCUAGGAGCCCUAGCAAAGAGGCUCCCGCAGAACAGCUUUAGACUCGACGCCGUGGAUGGGUGA